UCCCGGCCCCGCAGCCUCAGCCCACCCGGGCCAUGACACCGCUGCAGCAACUCCCAACUCGGCGCCCUGAUCCCUCGCCGCGGCUCGCUGCGCGGCGCGCACCUAGGGCUAGCCGCCUCCUGGACCUCCCUCUGUUUCUGCUGCUGCUCCGCGCUGCUACUCCCGCAACCGCCGCCGCCGUCCCCGCCGCAGCCGCCGGCAGCCACUCCAAGACGAGCCCCCGCAUCACCGCAGCCUGGAAAGGGCAGGAGAGCUACAGUUUCCCAGAGCCCGAGCCCCACACGGUGCUGUAUCACGAGCUGGGCAGCAACUCUGUCGUGGUGGGAGGACGAGGGAAGCUCUAUCAUUUUGAUUUCAUCCAGGGGAAAAAUGCCUCGUUAAGGACGGUGAAAUUCGAUCCCAAUAAAUUGUUCUGCCAGAAUCAGUUGGACUGUCAGAACUACAUCACCCUUUUGGAGAAGCAGAAAGAAGGCUUGCUUAUUUGUGGGACCAACGCUCGCCACCCUAGCUGCUGGAAUUUGAAUAACAAGAACCUUACUCUGCUUGGGGAAAGACGGGGCUAUGCUCCGUUUAGCCCAGAUGAGAACUCCCUGGUCCUGUUCAGUGACGACCAGGUCUACUCCACUAUCAGAAAGCAAGAAUAUAACGGCAAGAUCCCAAGGUUCCGGCGCAUCGGAGGAGAGCGGGAAUUGUACACCAGUGACAUGGUCAUGCAGAACCCACAGUUCAUUAAGGCCACCAUCAUCAAUCAAGACGAGGCCUAUGAAGACAAAAUCUACUACUUUUUCCGGGAGAACAAUCCUGACAAGAGCCCCGAGGCCCCCAUGAACGUCUCCAGGGUGGCCCAACUGUGUAAGGGGGACCGGGGUGGCGUUAGCUCCAUGUCUGCCUCCAAGUGGAACACUUUUCUGAAGGCCAUGCUGGUGUGCAGCGACCCAGACACCAACAAAAACUUCAACUGGCUACAGGAUGUCUUCCUGGUCCCUGAUGCCACAGGAGACUGGCGCUCCACAAAGGUCUAUGGCGUCUUCUCCAAUCCCUGGAACUACUCGGCCAUCUGUGUGUACUCCAUUGGUGACAUAGACCAAAUCUUCCGUACAUCUCCUCUCAAAGGCUACAGUGGGAUGCUCCCCAACCCACGACCAGGCAAGUGCCUUCCUGACCAACAGUUGACACCCACAGAGACAUUCCAGGUAGCUGACAGUCACCCUGAGGUGGCUCAGAGGGUAGAGCCCUUUGGGGCCAAGACACCCUUCUUCCAUUCUAAAUAUCACUACAAGAAAGUCCUGGUGCACCAAAUGCAGGCCAGGAAUGGGUCCACCUUUGACGUUCUCUACCUGGCCACAGACAAAGGAACAAUCCAUAAGGUGGUGGAGUCAGACCAUGGCGCCUUUAACAUCAUGGAAAUCCAGCCCUUCCGUCAACGUCCAGCCACCAUCCAGUCCAUGACCCUGGACAAUAUUACGAUGAAACUGUAUGUGAACUCUCAGUGGGAGGUGAGUCAGGUGCCCCUGGACCUAUGCAGUGAGUACCGAGGCGGCUGCCAAGGUUGCCUGAUGGCCCGGGACCCUUACUGCGGCUGGGAUGACACUAAUGGCCAGUGUGUCUCCAUCUACAAGUAUAAAGGCCCCGUGUUACAGUCUCUGGGUCCCAACGAACCGCAUAUGGAAUGUCCAUCAUCUAAGUUGGAGAAGAGCUCCAGUGAGGCCCAGAGUGUCAUCCUGGCCCGGAAUUCCCGAUACUACCUGACCUGCCCUGUGGAAUCCCACCAUGCCACGUACUCCUGGCACCAUGGAGACAAGAAGGUGCACCGCUGCGAGCCUGGCUGGCAGAACUCCGACUGCAUCUUGUUCAUCGAGAAGCUCACCGACGAGCAGUAUGGGCUGUACCGAUGCAAGGCCGAGGAGGGCACCUACAGUCGCAUUGCCGUUCAGUGGGAGCUCCGCAAGGAAGCCACUGCCGAGCACCUGCUGAUGGGCAGCAGCGCGGGGGACCUGGGGGCCUCGCUCUGUCUCCAGCUUCUGUUCCCACUGGCUGUUUUCCUUCUAUUUCAAUAAGGAUUCCUCCACUCUCCACCCCCUUCCCAGCACCUCCUCCUUCUCAGGGUGUGGGACUUGGCGGCUUGCUCCUGCUCCCCCCUGCCACUUCUGAGGAGCCACCCUCUGCCCCUCUCCUCCCCCCCAGGUGCCUCUCACAACUGCUACAGGCCCAAGCCUUGCCUUUACCCCUGGGGGCUAGGACUGGGGGAGCAGAGAGCUUCUCCCCCACUUUCUUCAGGGGAAUGAACAUUUCUGAGCCAUAGGUCUUCUUGGGAGGCAUGGGGUGUGGGGGGGGGCGGGGAAGGACUUGGGACAUAAGAAGAGGGGUCUACUCUUAGCUGCACAUGGAUGCUAGGCUUGUGAAGAGUCUUCCCAGGGUGGUGGUGGGGGGGUAUGGGGAGGUGAGGAAUGCAGGAGAUGAGAAAACCGCCAAUGAAGGAGCAAGACUGUGAAGGGAAUAGGGAUUGUACCCCGUACCCAGGCACAUUAUCCCUUUAAGAAUGUUUAAAAGAAAAAAACAACAUCCUUAAGCUUAUUGCUCAAGGAUAGACAUCCUCUGGGGGUCACAGGGAUGCAAAGUAGGGAAAUAUCCACCAGAACAGAAUGGAGGGGAUGUAGGUGAAAGGGCUGGACUGGGGACAGGGGCUGUGGGAGGAAGAAGUAUUCUCCUCCAGGCUCCAAAGGGAAGAGUUUGCCAAAGGUGAAUCUUAUUUGGAAACUAUACUGACUCUAUGCAUUGGGUGUGUAUGGGUGAGGGGUGGGAGGGGAAUGGACGGAAGGAGAGGGCUGAGCUCUGAAUCCCGAGACUCUCCCUCAGUUGGAGCCCUGGCACCCGGGUUUGGCCUACCUCCGUGGUCCUUCUGUGCCCUAGCUGCCAGAGCUGGCCUCUGAUCCAUCUUGCCCCUGCCCAACUCCAUGGGCCGGCCCCUCUCCCCAUUGGAGGGCUCUUUACCCAGGGGCCCAGGACAAGCUGGUGCAUCCCCAGGGGAGAGUGUGCCAUCGAGAUGUCCAGGCUGGGUCCCUUCCCCUUUUGGGGGUGAAGGGGAGGGCCCUCUGAAGCUUGCAUGUUUAUCUAGGGAUGUUUCCUUUCCUGUAGGAAAGGACUUUAUUUGUACUUGUUUAGCUUAUUUUAAAGUUUGACAACUUCCAACUGCAUCCAAAUGAAUCUUAAACAAUGAAGGGAAGG